AUGACGACGAAGCUUGAAGACAACCAUACAGGUAAUGGGGACCUUGUAGGAGAGGGUCAGCCAUACCUGGGUGAGAAGUAUCAAGCGAAUGGGAAACCAGUAGAAAAUGGGAGAGGUGAGAUCUCUGUAAAGCAGGAGGCAAAUGGAACGUGUGGCGUGCCCAGAAAAAGUCUCAACACGUACAGCUGGCAGGAGAUCCAGAAACACAAUCAGAAGGCUGAUCAGUGGCUGGUGAUCAAUCGCAAGGUCUACGAUGUUACUGGCUGGGCCAACAAGCAUCCAGGGGGGAGCCGAGUCCUCAACCACUAUGCUGGGGAAGAUGCCACGGAUGUCUUCAGAGCCAUGCACCUGGACCUUGACAUUGUAAAAUUGUACCUUAAGCCACUGCUCAUUGGAGAGCUUGCCCCAGAAGAGCCCAGCCAGGAGAGAAACAAAAGUUCCCAGUUGGUGGAAGAUUUCCGAGAAUUGCGGAGAACAUUAGAGGCCAUGAACAUGUUCAAGGCCAACCCAGCGUUCUUCUUCCUUCACUUCAUCCAGGUCUUGAUUUUAGAAACUCUGGCUUGGCUAAUAGUGUGGCAUUUUGGCAGUGGCUGGGCUGUGACAAUAUUCAUCUCCUGCCUUCUCACAAUUUCCCAGUGUCAGAGUUCAUAUCUGCAACAUGACUUGGGACACCUUUCCAUAUUUACGAAGUCCAAAUGGAACCACCUGAUGCAAAAACUUAUGAUGAGUCAUUGCAAGGGCCUGUCAACAUCCUGGUGGAAUCACCGACACUUCCAACAUCAUGUAAAGACAAACAUCCACCCCAAAGACCCAGAUAUUGAUAUGGGUGCACUUUUCCUGCUCGGAGAAUUGCAACCUGUCAAGUUUGGCAAGAUGAAAAUCAAGUACAUCGACUAUGAAAAGCAGCACCUGUAUUUCUACAUGGUUGGGCUCCCCCUCCUCAUGCCUGUAUAUUUCAAUCUGGAAUCCAUGAAAGUGAUGUGCCUCCAAAGAUAUUGGGAGGACAUUGCCUGGGUCAGCAGCUUUUACAUCCGCCAUUUCAUCACAUUUGGCCCUUUCUAUGGAAUCUUUGGAACCAUAUUACUCAUAUAUUUGGUCAAGUUUCUUGAAAGUCCCUGGGUAACAUAUGUUACCCAGAUGAGCCACAUACCAAUGAGAAUGAGCAAAGAGGAGAACCGGGACUGGCUCAGCGCUCAGGUCUUGACCACCUGUAAUGUUGAACAGUCCAUUUUCAAUGACUGGUUCACUGGGCACCUGAACUUUCAGAUCGAGCACCAUCUGUUUCCCACAAUGCCACGCCAUAAUUAUCACAAGGUGGCACCCCUGGUGAGGUCACUGUGUGCGAAGCAUGGAUUACAGUAUGUGAAUAAGCCCAUGUUGGAAGCAUUUGGAGAUAUUGGCCUUGAAGAAAUCUGCAGCCCUCUGGAUGGAUGCUUACUAUGA